AAGUUCUUCACUACAAGGUGUGGAUCUCUAGGCUUCCUGCCUUGGAAAUCAUGCAGAAGACAACAGGGAAUUGUGAAGAAUUUCCCCCAAAAUAACUCCUCCAAACCCCACUAGUUCACAGACUUCUCUUCUUGUAAAAAUAAUACAAAACACACUGUUCUGGAAGUGGCCAGGUUUGGCUCUAAGGUGAAGAAGAAAUAAGUGGGCAAGACAGACACUAUUGUGGAAAUGCUCCACCAUGAUCUUCAUAGGCAUCAUGGGCUACAGAUGCACUUUAGAGUCUCCAUACAUUCAAAACCAUUCUUCCUAGCAGUGAUUAGUUUGGAAGUGGUGGAUGUACAAGAAUUAGCACAAAUUCUUCACCAGAUACUGUAAGAAAUGGCAGGACAGGGGCAGCAAGAUGGACUUGGAUUCAAAUCUGGUUUCAUACCUUCUAGCUGUGUGACCCUGGGAAAGUCACUUAACCCCAAUUGCCUAGUUCUUACUACUCUUCUGCCUUUGAAUAGAUACUUCUAUCGAUUCUAAGACGGAUUUUUUUUUUAAAUGUUAGCAUAUUGAUAGCAAGAAACAGCUAGACAAAAACUUCAGGUUGCCAAGUUAUUCCCUGUACUCAGAGGUGCCUCCUCCCCCUCAAGGAAGAAUUCUUACUUAAUGAAAAUCCAGGUAAAUGGUUGACAACAUGGCAGAGAAACCGAAGCAUCAAGUACAAGUAUUUUUUUUGGGCAGGAUGAAAUGAUUGAUGUCACCGGGGUGACCAAGCACAAGGGUAACAAAGUCAUCACCAGCUGCUGGCACACCAAGAGACUGCUCCAUUAAACCCACCCAGUCCUGCAAAAAAUGGCUUGGAUUUGGAGUUUGGUACCUGCCUAUGUGGUAUCCUUUGUGGACUGUGUUGGUCAGAAGUAUCUUUACCACACUGACAUCAACAAGAUCUACAGGAUUGGCCAAGGCUAAUAUUGGGGAUGGUAAACCGAUUAAAAAAAAUAAUAAGGCACCUACCAAAUCUAUUCUUUCUGAUAAGAGCAUUGAUUCUCUGGGAAAAUUUGUUCACUAUGAUAAAGAGACUUUAUCAUGCUGAAAGGCCUGGGGUCAAGAAGUUUGUUCUCAUCUAAUAGAAAUUCCUGCUAAUACAGAAAAAAUGUCAUGCCCUAGAGAUGUUCAUUUUUUUUUUAGUUACAUAUAGAAAUAAUUUUUGACAACUUUUUUCCUGACAUUAAAUGAUUCAGAUUUUCUCCCUCCCUUCCUCUGCCUCCCUGAGGUGGUAAAUAGUCUGAUAAAGGUUAUACUGGUUGUUGUUGGUUGUCUCUCGAACUGAGGAAGACAGUUGUCUUUGUGCGUUUUUGUGCACAAAGACACUUGUGCUUGAAGAUUUAAGUGGAAAAGUCGAUGCACAGAGACAGUCCCACUCUCUCGGUGUUGGAAGCCUGGGUCCAGUGGCACAAAAAGUCGUUACACCUGGAGAAUUCCUCAGCUGCACUGGAUGGCCGUGUUGUCCUUUGUGCUCCAACACGCCCUAAGCACUCCACAGUGCUUUGCUGCAUCGCCAUCUCAGCCGUUGAACCUUCUUGUUGGUUUCUUCUGCCUGUUCAGCCGAAGCAGUCUUCACAUCCUGGCCUCCCCAGGCCCUUAAGUAGGCUCCACACCCACCCCGGAGCCAUUCUGCUCGCUCACCAUGGCUCACAUCGCCAAAUCUUUCUAUGACCUCAGUGCUACCAGCCUGGAAGGGGAGAGGAUUGAUUUCAACACUUUCCGGGGUCGGGCAGUGCUUAUCGAGAAUGUGGCAUCCCUCUGAGGCACGACCACCCGGGACUACACGCAGCUCAAUGAGUUGCAGUGCCGCUUCCCGAGGCGCCUGGUGAUACUCGGCUUCCCCUGCAACCAGUUUGGGCAUCAGGAAAAUUGUCAGAAUGAAGAGAUCCUGAACAGUCUCAAGUAUGUCCGUCCUGGGGCUGGCUUCCAGCCCAACUUUGUCCUUGUCCAGAAGUGUGAGGUGAAUGGACAAAAUGAGCAUCCUGUCUUUGCCUACCUGAAGGAUAAACUCCCCUACCCUGAUGAUGACCCAUUCUCCCUCAUGACAGACCCCAAGCACAUCAUAUGGAGUCCUGUGCGGCGCUCAGAUAUCGCCUGGAACUUUGAGAAGUUCCUCGUGGGCCCAGAGGGUGAACCCUUUCGCCGAUAUAGCCGAUCUUUCCAAACCAUCAAUAUCGAACCCGACAUCAAACGUCUCCUCAAAGUUGCCAUAUAGAUGAGCUUUCCAGUAGGCACCCCCAGGUCCCAGUUAUUCCGGUCUUAGGAGUUCCUUUUUUUCCAGGGUCUAGUGCAACCUACCCAAGAUCUGCUAGACUCAGGAGAUGCCCAAGAUCAAUACCAUUCAUUGAACAUUCUUUUCUUAUCCACCUGUCCCCUUAUGACUCCCCAACACUCCUGGUGCUGAUGUGAGUCAGGACUCCAAAAUCUGGGUUGGCUCUUCACAGGAUGAUAGCAUCUUCUUAAACCCUUGAGGGGGAAUGAGAUGCUUGAGAGUCGUGAAGAGCUUAAUUCUAGCCUUUGUGAAUCCAAUAAAGGUCAGGUGUGAAAAAUGUU